UGCUGAAGUACGCUUAUAAUUACUGCGAUGUACCGAUGUUACUGGUUGUGAAUUGUAUUUAUAGAGGGACUACAACUACUUGUAGUUCAUAGCUUUCCAAGAUGUCGUACGAAUUGCAGGAUAAAGUUGUUCUUAUCACUGGCGGAUCUCAUGGGAUAGGUGCUAAGGUGAUAGAAUUUUUACUGGAGGAAAAUGUUAAAUAUAUCGCCAACUUGGACAUCGCAAAAGAUGUUGGAAUUUCUCAAGAGGCUAAAUACAGUCAAAAAUAUGGGAACAAACUUAAAUUCUACCAAUGUGAUGUAACAAAUGAAGAGCAAUUACUUGGUGCAUAUGAUUCAGUUCUAAAGGAACAGGGAUAUAUUGAUGUGGUCAUUAACAGCGCUGGUAUUAUGAACGACAGCAAAGAAAAGUAUAGGAAAGAGAUUGAAAUAAAUUUCACUGCUUUAACGACCAGUACUUUGAAGGCUUUAGAAAUAAUGCGUAAGGAUGAGGGCGGUAGAGGGGGUGUUGUUCUUAACAUUUCAUCUAUAGCCGCCUUAAUUCAAGAUGAAUUGUUGCCAGUUUAUUAUGGGACGAAGAGCGCUGUUCUGCAAUUCAGCAAUUGUAUUGGGAUGCCGCGUUACUAUGCAAGAACUGGUGUCAGAAUUGUAACAAUGUGUUUUGGGGCAACUGACACAGCUCUUUUACAUAAAGAUAUGUUAGGAAACUUUGAUAAAGAAAUUCACGAUAAUAUGAUGGAAGCUGUAAAACAACAUCCCCUUCAAACAGUGGAAUCCGCUGCCUCCAGUUUAGUAGAGGUUCUCAAACGGGGUGAAAGUGGAAGCACAUGGCUAUCAAUUGCUAAUAAACCUGUCAAGGACAUCACCCCUGAUGUAAAGAAAGCCUAUGGAAUUCUUUCUGAGCUAGUAUUUGAAACAAUAUCAUAUAUAAUACGCCCGCCCGUCUCAUCUACAUCUUUGCGAUGCUGUGAUGCUCGCAAAGGAGGUGGCGGAAAGAGAGAGAGAGGCUGCUUUCUAUCUCCCCUCCCGCAGAAGACGCAUUGGGCGCCGAAGGGUAGCCGAAUUCCGGCCACCGUAGAGCGCGGCCUGUGGACGCAUAUUGCUAAUUUAGAUGUAGCAGAGAAAGCUGGUGUUGCUCAGCAAGAUGAGUUGAAUAAAAAGUACGGUACAAAUAUACUUAAAUUUUAUAAAUGCGAUGUUUCAAAUGAGGAACAGUUGAUGGGUGCUUAUCAAACGAUUUUGGACGAGCAAGGAUCCAUCGAUAUUGUAAUCAAUAAUGCGGGAAUCGCAAACGACAGUAAAGAAAAAUAUAAGAAAGAAAUUGAUAUUAAUUUUUUAGCUGCAACGACUAGCACGCUAAAAGCAAUUGAGAUAAUGCGUAAAGAUGAAGGAGGCAAUGGUGGUGUAGUCUUAAAUAUCUCUUCUGCUGCGGCGUUGUGUCAAGACGAACUAUUACCCAUCUAUGCCGCAACUAAAAGCGCGAUUUUGCAAUUUAGCAAUUGUAUCGGGAUGCCAAAAUAUUAUUCAAGAACUGGAGUACGUGUGGUAACAUUAUGUUAUGGAGGGACUGAAUCUCAUAUUUUCCGUGACUUUGACACUAUAGACAAAACAUUUGUAAACCACUUCAACGAAGUUAUUGUGAAAGUGUUCCCCCCACAGAAGGUGGAAUCUGCAGCUUCCGCUCUGGUCGAGGUCCUAAAGAAUGGAGAAAGUGGAAGUACUUGGAUGUCAGCUAACAAUAAACCGGUUCAAGAUAUAACACCUACUAUAAAGAAAGCAUAUGGAAUCAUGUCAGAAGCCUAUACCAAUUUUUAUGCUGACUCUUUUGAAAAGGUUUCAUAAUCAUUUUAUUUAAAAUGAAAUGAAAAAAAAGAUUAAUGUUUUGGCCUGUGAAAUGUUGUGUAUAAUAUAAAAAUCUACUUUUUCUCAAAAUAAAGGAUAAUAAA